AUGCUACUUGAAUCCGUCUACGAGGCUUUGGAGAGCGCGGGCAUAACGUUGAAAAAUGUGGCAGGGUCUCAGUCAGCUGUAUUUGCAGGUGCCUUUUUCAAGGACUACACGGACAGUCUGAUGCGUGACCCUGACACUUUCCCGCGUUCCGUCUUCAUCGGCAAUGGCCCUACCAUGAUGUCCAACCGAAUCUCGCACUUCUACGACCUCUGCGGCCCCAGCAUGACAGUGGAUACGGCGUGCUCUACGGGGCUAGUAGCGUUGCACCAGGCGUGCCACAGCCUAAGAUCUGGAGAAGCCAAGAUGGCCAUCAUUGCUUGCGCAAAUGUCAUGUUCAAUCCUGACAUCUUCGUGCUCAUGUCAAGUUUGGGAUUCCUGAGUCCAAACGGCAAAUCAUACGCCUUCGACAGCCGAGCUUCAGGAUACGGCCGCGGCGAGGGGGUUGGAACCAUCAUCGUCAAGCGUUUGCAAGAUGCCUUACAAGAUGGCGACCCAAUCAGGGCGGUGGUACGUCAAACCGCUCUGAACCAGGACGGAAAGACUCAAACCAUCACUUCGCCCAGCCAAGACGCCCAGGAGGACCUGAUACGCCGUUGCUACAAGAACGCCGGCCUCAACCCUGCUGAUACUGUCUAUGUCGAGGCUCACGGCACGGGGACUCAAGCCGGGGAUCCUGUCGAGGCAGGUGCUUUGUACGCUGUCAUGGGCAAGGACAGGCCGGCUGACCGUCCACUCUACAUCGGCUCCGUUAAGACAAAUGUCGGACACACGGAGACUACCAGUGCGAUUGCCUCAAUCAUCAAGGUUGUUCUGGCGUUGGAAAAGGGAUACAUCCCGCCGAGCAUCAAUUUUGAGAAGGGUAACGAGAAGAUAUCUUUCGACGCCUGGAACCUCAAGGUACCCCGUGGCUUGGAGCCGUGGCCGACAAGCGGUAUUAGGCGUGCCUCGAUCAAUAGCUUUGGCUAUGGCGGCUCCAACGCCCAUGCAAUCAUCGAAGCCUGGCAGCCAGAUGCCCACGAACACACCAAAGGCCUCAACAGAGUUACGAAUGGUUCUCAUGGGGUAGAUGUGCUGAGAAACGGUUCGAAAAUGACAAACGGCACUGAGAAUAAGCGCUCAUCCACAGAUAUCCUAAGUGAACAUCCAAUUCCGAAGGUAUCUCACGAGACUACUGAUUCGUCUUCUGACGUUUCCACCAACGGUUUCGCCCUUCCCAACGGGUUGAACAGCGGACGGGAGCCAGGGUCUCGUAUAUUCGUCUUAAGUGCGAAGGACGAGGCCGUAGUCCAGACAAUGGUCGAGAACCUGAAGGAGUUCGUGGCCCAGUCCAACUCGGACAAUGGACAGCUCCUCGACCGUCUCGCCUACACGCUGAGUGAAGGUCGAUCCAGGUUUCCAUGGGUCGUUGCAGUCGCGAGCCGGAGCAGAGAACAGCUACUUGCCAGCCUGGAUACCGCAAAGCUGAUUCCUACUAGAUCAACCGCACAACCAAGGCUGUGCUUCGUGUUCACAGGCCAAGGAGCGCAGUGGUAUGCGAUGGGAAGAGAGCUCAUUGGCGUUUAUACCGUCUUCACGGAUACGCUAUGCGAAGCGGACCAGUACUUGAGGCAGAUGGGUUGUCCCUGGUCCUUGCUGGACGAAUUGACAAAGGAUGAAAAGGAGAGCCGCAUCGACGAGGCGGAUGUGAGCCCCCCGCUCUGCACUGCUGUGCAGAUUGCUCUUACCCGGCUGUUGCGCAGCUGGGGCAUCAAGCCGAUGGCGAUAACAAGUCACUCCAACGGCGAGGUUGCGGCUGCCUAUGCCGCAGGAGUACUUAGCCUGCAGGAAGCAAUGUCAAUUGUGCACUACGCACGAGGGCAGUUGCUUGACGCGCUGUGGACCAAGGCACACCAUCGUGGCUCCAUGAUGGCCGUCGGCCUUGGCCGCGGAGAAGCCGAGCCCUACCUGUCCAAGCUCAGAAGUGGGAAGGUUGUUGUGGCCUGUGUCAACAGCCCCUCCAGCGUCACAGUCUCUGGGGACCAGGCUGCUAUAGCUGAGUUGGAGCAACAGCUGACCGAGGAAAAGGUGUUCGCUCGAGUGCUGAACAUUCGAGUUGCCUACCACUCACAUCACAUGAACGCUGUGGCGGCCGAUUAUCGAAAGGCUCUCCCCGAAUCCAUUGGAACGAAGCAAACCUUCAAGGACAACGUCUUGUACUCGUCGCCCGCCACGGGCGGCAGAAUCACUGAUGCUUCGAAGAUGGGUCCCGAGCACUGGGUUCGCAACGUCCUGCAACCAGUCGAGUUCUUGGAUGCAUUUCGGAGCAUCUGCCUCGACCCGUCGACGGGCGAGAAACAGAUCGACAUGGUCAUCGAAAUCGGGCCUCACGGAGCUUUGGCAGGACCCAUCCGGCAGUGCCUCCAGCUUCCAGAGCUGAAAGACCUAGGUGUGAGCUACAGUUCAUGCCUCAGCCGAAAGGAGGACGCCGUGAAUAGUAUGCACGCCCUCGCCGUCUCUCUGAUAGCGAAGGGUUACCACGUCGAUUUGAACGCCGUCAACUUCCCUCGCGCAUCCGUCCAGCCCAGCAUCAUCCCCGACCUCCCGACAUACCCCUGGAACCAUCGGACCCGGCACUGGUGCGAGCCUCGCAUCAACAAAGAACACAGGAUGCGGAAGAAGCCGGCCCACGAUCUCCUAGGCUCCACAGUUCCCGGAUUGAGCCCGUCCAACCGCACAUGGCGACACAUAAUCCGCACAUCCGAUCUCCCUUGGGUGCGGGACCACAGGGUGCAGUCGGAUAUCGUGUAUCCUGGAGCGGGGAUGGUUGUCAUGGCCAUCGAGGCUAUGCGCCAGGUCAGUCAGGGCGCGGUUCGCUGCUUCAGCCUGCGCGACGUCGACAUUAUGGCGGCGCUGGUCAUCCCAGACACGUCCGACGGCGUGGAGGUGCAGCUCCAUUUCCAUGAGAGCGAUGGCAAAGCGCUCGGCCUCGAGGGCUGGCGGCCGUUUUCCAUCUGCUCCACCGACGGCGACGGCGUUUGGACGGAGCACUGCAAGGGCCUCGUCUCGGCAGUCCUCUCUGACGGUGAGAAUUGGAUGGGCGUGGUGGCUCCUGGCGCCGACUACACUGUAGAGAGCAAGCCCGAUGAUAUGUUCGAGUUUCUGCAGUCGAUGGGCAUCUACCACGGCCCCGUCUUCAGGAAUCUGAAGAAAAUCAUGUCCGGCGAAGGCAGGUCUGCAACGACGUUCUCCGUGGCCGAUACAGCGGCCUCGAUGCCGGCCAAUUUCCAGCACGAACAUUUGCUGCAUCCCACCACUCUGGACUCCGUCUUUGUAGCUGCUUACUCGGCUCUUCCGAGAAGCCAGAGAUCUCCCGCCAUGCCCCGGUCCAUAAAGAGAAUGUUGGUGUCGACAGACAUUGGAAGCAAAGCUACAGACCUCUUCACCGCGCACACUAGGAUCGGAAAGGCGGACCGUCGCGGGUUCCACGUCAACAUUGCUGUUCAGAGAGAAGGCGGCGCCGGUUCAACGGUGCUCGAAAUCGAGGGUCUCUUCUGCCAAGCUAUCGAGGGAGCUAUAGAGCAAGCGGAACAGCAUAACGGAUGCUUGACGAUCAAGUGGGAAGAGGAACUGUCGCUGACGUCAGCCCGGGGAUUGAUGGAGAGGCUGAAGGCCAGUCCGGAUCCCGCCGAAAUAGCACACGUCCAGGAACUGAAGCAGGCGUGCUUCUACUUCUUCCAUGACGCAGUCGCAUCUAUCGCCGACGCUGAUGUGGGAGGCAUGUUGUGGUAUCACAAAACCUUCUUCGAGUGGAUGAAGCUCCAGAUAUCUCAGCAUCCACAGGCCGCCACAUGGCUGAACGUGACCAAGGCGGAGAGGGCGAGGCUGUUCGAGAAAGUGGCAUCCACGAGCGUCGACGGCGAGAUGGCCUGUGUCGUCGGGCGCAACCUCAACGCCAUCCUCGGCCAGAAAAUUGCCCCGUUGGAGCUGAUGCUCAAAGAUCACCUGCUCCACCGCUACUACAAGAGCGCGCUCCGCAUGGACCGGUGCUACGCCCAAGUGCGGCACCUAGUCGACUUGUUCGCGCACAAGAACCCCCGCGCUCGGGUGCUGGAAAUCGGCGCCGGGACGGGCGGCUGCACGCAGAUCGUGCUGGAAGCCUUGGGCGGCGGCGACACAGGAACAGCGCGGCGAUUCUCGCAAUAUGAUUUCACCGACAUAUCCUCUGGCUUCUUUGAACAGGCGAGGAGCAGGUUCGGCGCUUGGGGUGACGACGGCGCCAUCCGGUUUCGGAAGUUCGAUGUCGAGGACGACCCCGCGGACCAGGGGUUCGAGAAGGGCUCGUACGACCUCGUCGUCGCCUGCCAGGUUCUGCAUGCUACGAAAAAUAUGGACCGGACCAUGCGCCAUGUUCGAAGUCUUCUGAGGCCCGGUGGAAAGCUUGUAAUGGUGGAGAUGACGCAUGACGUCCUUGACGUACAACUGAUUUUUGGAGUGCUCCCCGGAUGGUGGCUGAGCGAAGAGCCGGAGCGUAAGCAUAGUCCAUCUCUGACGGUUGAUCUCUGGGACAAAGUUCUGCGGCGGACCGGCUUCAGCGGACUUGACGUGCAACUCAGAGACUGCGAAGACGACGAAAACUACGUCUUGAGCACUCUCAUGGCAACCGCACUGCCAGACAAUGCGCCAGCCCAGUUCCCGGAAAUUCUCAUUACUUUUUGCCAGGAAAACGCUCCGCCUCAAGCGUGGUUGCAUAAGCUCCAGGGCACGAUCAAGGCGACCGCAUACAUCGAGCCAGCCAUUGACAGUCUAGAUGUUGCGCAGCCAGAGGGCAAGAUUUGCGUAUUUGUGGACAGUCCAGACCUAUCAGUCCUUCUGCAACCUUCUGAAGACGUUUUUGCACAAGUGAAGCGGCUCGCGACCAAAGCCAAAGGGCUGUUGUGGGUGUCUCGUGGAGGAGCAAUCGAAUGCUCAAACCCCAUGUCAGCAUUGGCCACGGGUUUUCUACGCACGUUGAGGUGUGAGGACCGCGGCAAGCAGUACAUCUCCCUCGACCUCGAACACAGUCAGCACAUGUGGUCUGAGCAAGAUGCCAGCGCCAUCACGACGGUUCUGAGAGAGGCUUUCGACCCCUCGUGCAAUCCAAGCUCCAUCGACUUUGAAUAUGCCGCCAGAGGAGACUCAAUCUUGAUCCCCAGAGUAUGCCGCGACCAGACCGAGACCGAAGCACUAUCCCACGACUCUGCGGAGCUGCAGCCCUUUUACCAGCCCGGCCGCGAACUCCGCCUGACCUCCGGUACGCUCGACAGUCUCGUGUUCUGCGACGACCCAGACGCAGAGAAGCCGCUGCUCGGCAACUUUGUCGAAAUCGAGCCGCGUGCGUUCGGUGUCAAUGCGCGAGACGUCAUCAUGGCGACCACCGGCCAGCCGGAGCAGCAGCACAGUGCCAUGGGAUUCGAAUGCAGCGGCGUCAUCUCGAGGCUUGGACCGGACGUACCGACAGGCGACCUCUCGGUCGGCGAUCGGGUGUGUGCGCUGCUGCGAGGCCACCGCUGGGCGAACCGCGUGCGCGUCCACUGGACGGGCGUCGCGAGGAUCCCCGAUGCCAUGACCUUCGAGGUCGCCGCCGCCGUGCCGCUCGCGUUCGUCACCGCGUACCAUGCCGUCAACACGCUGGCUGGACUGCGGCAGGGUGAGAAGGUGCUGAUUCAUUGCGCCGCUGGAGACGUGGGCCAGGCUGCCGUCAUGAUGGCGAAGCUGGUUCGCGCGGAAGUCUUUGCCACGGUUGCGUCCGGUCAGGAGCGUGAGGUCGUCGAGAGGGUGUACGGUAUUCCUCGAGACCACGUCCUCUCGAGGAGUGACUCCUCGUUUGCGCCGGCCAUUAUGGAAAUGACCGGUGGAAAGGGCGUUGACGUCAUUCUCAACUCCCUCACUGGGCAGUUGCUCCACGAGACGUGGAGCUGCAUCGCCCCUCUUGGCCGGUUUGUCGAGAUUGGCACGCAGGAUUCUGAGCGGAAUAACAGGCUUCAGAUGUCUGCGUUCACCCGAGCGACAUCCUUUUUCGCUGUCGACUCGAUCAUGCUCAGUGAGCUCAGAGGCGAUGUUGUUUCCCAUGCCUUGACCGCUGUGGUGGAUGGUUUCCAAAAGGGAAGCAUGAGGCCCAUUGCACCCAUAACGGCGUUCCCAAUGUCUGAGUUAGAUACAGCUUUGAGGACGAUGCAAGCCGGGAACCACCUGGGCAAGCUCGUCGUUGUGCCCCUUGCAAAUGACCUAGUUAAGGCGCGAAAACGAACUCUCCGGCUUUCGUCUCAAGCAACCUAUGCAGUCGCCGGCGGCGCAGGCGGUCUUGGGAGAUGCAUCGUCCGCAGGUUAGUAGAACGGGGGGCGAAGAACAUCCUUGUGUUGUCAAGACAUGCCGAGUCGCACGCCAACGUUUCUUUCUUGGAUGAGAUGCGUUCGAUGGGAACGAACAUGCUGGCGCUGAACGUCGAUAUAUCCAACGCCCAAAGUCUGGCAGAAGCUAUUGACACUGCCUCAAAAACGAUGCCGCCAGUCAAGGGUGUUAUUCAAGGAGCCAUGGUUCUCCAGGACUCGAUUGUCGAACACAUGUCCCACCAGGACUUCAUCACCGCCAUCCGGCCAAAGGUCCAAGGCACGUGGAACCUGCAUCAUCAGUUUGCGUCCUCAAAACUGGACUUCUUCAUCAUACUGUCGUCCCUCACCGGCGAGGCCGGCAACUCGAGCCAGGCCAAUUACGCAUCCGCCAGCACAUUUCAGGACGCGUUGGCAAGGCACCGCGCUUCCAAUGGCCUCGCUGCCGUGUCUCUCGAUCUCGGCAUGGUCCGCUCAGUCGGCUACGUGGCCGAGACGGAGGGUCUAGUCGAGCGGUUCCAGCGGCAGGGGUACAGCCUCGUGCAGCAGGAUGACUUGCUUGCCCUGAUCGAGAACGCCAUCCUGAACCCCGUCCGCGAGAGCAGCUCGUGCCAAGUCCUCAUCGGCGUCUCGACCGACGACGGUAGCGAUGAUGCUUUUCCUUGGAAACUGGACCCUCGCUUUAAAGGCCUGACGCAACUUGUCGCCAGCACGGGAGGCCAGGCCAGCGGCGGCGCCAGUGGAGAUGAUCUCAAUUUGGCUGACACGCUCAGGGACAAGAAGGCGUCCUGGGAAGCCGUGGUGGAAGCUGUCUGCAAUUCCAUCGUUGUCAAGCUUUCCCGCAUGUUCGGGACCCCGCCGGACCAGGUCGACAAGGCUGCUUCCAUGGCACAGUACGGCGUUGACUCUCUUGUUGCGGUCGAAUUGCGCAAUUGGUUCUCGACCGUGGCACAGAGCGAGAUAUCGAUUUUUGAUAUCUUGCAAAGCAAAUCAUUAGUCGCUCUGGCAAAUACAGCGUGCUUGAAGAGUAGGUUGAUUGGGGACGAGAUUAAGAGUUGUAGAUAG